AUUCGGUUCUGGACACGGAACGAGAACGAUCAGUUACUCCUUGUCAAUAUAACCUAUUCCUCUCAUUUUAUAUUUUAGACCUGGCAUUCUCACAAAGUUUUAUCGCUAAUCCCACUGUUGAUUACAUUCAUUCGAGUCGAAAGGUUUUUCGUCACGCACUGCAAGGCUCACUUCGGAAUUUUAUACCAUGGAUAUAGACAAAGGAAACCUCGAUUCUGAUAAGGACACGUAAUCUCCUCUAAAUACCCUUGAUGACAGAUCGCAGUAUUCUUUAUACGCGGAAUCGACGGGGUAGCGGCCAAUAAAAUGGUGGAAAACGUCCGUCAUGGAGGAGAAAGUAAUUAGGGAUACCAUUUGGAUAGCUUGCGUACCGGAUUAUCGUAUCACUUCCAGGGUUGUUACCAGAGAUAUUGAUUAUUCUGAAAACGGAGGAAAUUAAACAAUUUUUACAGGCACCUCCUCAUUACAUAACCCAGCUACCGGAAAUACUCGAAGUCAAGCAUAUUCACAAGAGGAUAGUUGAUCCUGCCGAUAAAUCCAAGUUCGUUUAUAUUCCAUCCAAUAUGAUAAUGAUAACAUUUGCAGGCCUAUCCGCUCCCAAAGCAGCUAUCUAUUUUGGGAAAAAGAUCAGAUUUGCACCAUAUAUACAGAAAGUAAAGAGAUGCAACAAUUGCCAACGUUUCGGUCAUAUUGAGGCUCAAUGCAGAGGUGGAUCGAGAGCCAUGAUGUGUGCAACCUGUGCGAGCAAGGGACAUCAUUCGAAAAGUUGCUCAUCAUCUCAUCUGGCUUGUAUAAACUGCCUGCGGAGGAAACUUCCCUUCCCUAAUCAUAGAACCAGCUCGGACAUAUGCCCGACUUUCAUUGAAAAUCGAAGAGCGAAGAUUGUCAUGGCGAAGUUGGGUCUGAAUCCAUCUGAUGCCAUGGCGUUCUAUAAAUCCACUGGGCAUCGUCUACCAGACAAAUGGUUCGAAAUUAACAGUGCUGAAGAAUCUGCUACGUUUGCGGACUUUAUCCCUUGGUUUAAGGAGAGCGACUACUUUUCGGACUUGGACCCCGGACUGUCGACUAGCGGAGAGAACGAAUUCAACACCAUACUAUUUAGGAGCUCUUUUAACGAAAAUUUUCAACAUCGUUUCUGCUUUAUUAAUAAGUGCUGCAUCUUUACAUGAGGCAUCGUCUACCAAAAUGCGAAUUGCAGAAUGUAAUAGUAGGAAGUGCAAAUACAUAGCUUCAUUUAAAAGGUCAACAAAAAUAAUAGGACCGGUAUAUAAUAAAAUUUGACGAUGCUCUGUAGCCUUGAAAGUACGAUGUUUUGCUAUAUCAAUUGGUAGUCUUGCAAAUUCUUUUAGACAAAAUUGUUUAGCUAACUUCAAUCUAUCAGAAAGAAUUUUUAGAGGCAGGUGAAAGUUUUGCAGAAGAAGCAUAUUUUCUAUUGAUAAUAGCCAAGAACAUUUUAUCCCUAACACCAAGGCAAACUAAGUACAUAUAAUCGAAAACAGUUUGUUUUACUAAAUUUAUAGAAAGAUGUGCGAUAGAUCCUUCUUCAUUAUGAUGCUCUCCAUCUAAACAUAUAUCAUAUUCUUUGCUUGUUCGCAACCUAUGAUCUACAUCAAGAUAUACCAUAACACCUUGGCGAAUACUUUCUCUUGUGAUCCAAUGCUUGGAACAUGGAAUUCUAGAUUUAUGACCUUGAUGUUCUAACACAAAAGCUCAUGCCACUGUAUCUGCGAUUAAACAACAAAUACUAAAUGUAACUUUUUCCCAUUAAAAGUUAUUCCUUUAUUA